AUGGCACCGGGCAAGAAAUCCAAGUCCAAGGCAGCCGAUCCUGCACCUCCUGCUGCAUCCAACAACAAGAAGGGACCUCGACGCAACAUUGUCAAGAGCGGCAAUGCGGGUGGCAACAAGUCAACAGCCCCUGAUCAGCAGCCAUCGGAGAAGAAAUCCAUCUUUGGUGAUUGGACUGGCAAGACACCUGUAUCAUUGUUGCACGAGCAUUGUCAAAAGCAUGGGUGGGAAAAGCCGACGUUUGAUAUGAAGCGUAGCAAGCAAGGCUUUAUUGGCACCGUUCAACUCGGCAAACGCAACAAAAAGACAGCACAGAUCCAAACAGUGAUAUUGACACCACCCACGGAUUCCAGUGGCAAUUUUCAUCAACCUACAGCACUUGAAGCAAGACAUUUGGCAGCUACUUAUGCUUUACAUCGUGUCAACUCGCAUAUGCCUAUGCAUCGUGUACUUCCACCCCAACACCGCGACCUUUGGCAUCAAUUUGAAAACUUAAAGACCAAGCAAACCGAAUGGAUGUAUACACCAGAUCCUUUCAAUGCUCAACCCAAUACACCAGCAGCCAAGAAAGAGAAUGCAGUGGAUCGACGACCAACCAAAGAAUCAGCUAAUGCCGCUGUGCCUAUGCCUCGUAUGCUCGCCAUGGAUAAGGUGGAUGAUCAUCAUCAUCAUCAUCAUCGAGGAGGUGGAGGUGGAGCCAUUGAUGAAAAGCUACGCAAGUAUUGGGAAAGUUUGCCGGCAGUCCACAUGAGCUCAGAGAAUCGAUCCCUUGUUGAGGAUGUCGUCAAGAAAUCCAACAUUGCAUAUCAACCGAUCGAUAGAGAACUUUCGGAUGAGGAGCGUAAGGCCAUUCAUGAUGGUUUGGUGCGUAUGGGAUUCCGGCCAUCACAUGCAGAUGAAGCACUUGAAUAUAGCAGCGAUAUGGCUACAGCAUUGGAUUGGCUAUGUUUACACGUGCCUGAAGAUGAUUUACCUCCAACAUUUAUGCACGCCAAUUACAACCCCACCAUGACCACCAUUUCGCAUACAACACAAUCACUGGGUCGAGACUGGUUGAUCAAAAAGAUGACGACGAUUGGAUAUUCAUCCGAAGUGUGUCAAGAAGCAAUGGAGGAAACAGCUGACGAUGAUUUGAAAGCAUUGGCACUUUUGCAGUGGAGACUUGUUCAUGGUGAUGAUCCAAUGGCAGAGGUGGAUGAUAUGUUGGAUGCUGAAGAACGUGACACGAUGCGACAAGAAGAAGCCGUUGCACUUGAAUCAAUCUACGGCAACAAGUUCAUUGACAAAUCGGACAAGGAGAAACAGCGACUUCAUUUUUGCAUCGAGUUGACAGCACACACUAUGCAUCGAGGCAAGAAGCAUGAAUUACCAGUGUCUUUGGAAGUAAUGAUCGCCGACGACUCAGCAUACCCAAGCACAGUGCCUGUAUUUGCAGUAUUGUGUGACCAGUUACCAGCCUAUCUCAAGCUCUCCAUGGUGCGUGGUCUAGUCAUUGAAGCUGAAGCCAACUUGGGCUUACCAUUGGUGUACAUGUGCGCUGAAUGGCUACAAGACCAUAUGGAUGAUAUCAUUGCUCACCCACCCAAGUUACGCGACAUUUCCCAAGGCGUUACCCAUACACAUACCAACGCCAUCGAGUCACCCAACAAGAGAUCCAAAUCCAAUGGCAGACGUUAUCAGCCAAAGACUCUGUCACCAGCUGAGCAGAGCAAACAAUCACAACAACUCAAGGAUGAAUUAGCGAGUAUGCAUGCUUCGGAUGAGUAUCAGCAAAAGAUUGCACCUGUCCGAUCCAAAUUGCCGGCCAAUGGAUUCAAAAAGGAAAUCAUGGAUGCUGUACACCGCCACCAAAUUAUCAUUGUCAGUGGUGAAACGGGUUGUGGUAAAACGACUCAAGUGCCCCAAUUCAUCUUGGAUAACGCUAUUGAGAAUGGACAAGGUGCCACGUGCAACAUUAUCUGUACACAACCUCGCAAGGUCGCGGCGAUUGGUGUAGCAGAACGUGUGGCUGCAGAACGGUGUGACAAGAUUGGCGGCUCAGUAGGUUAUGCAGUGCGUGGUGAAACCAAGGCGUCAUCAAAAACACAACUUCAAUUUGUUACUACCGGUGUUUUGUUACGUCGACUGCACAGCGAUCUUGAAUUGACAGGGAUUAGUCAUGUGAUGAUUGAUGAAGUGCAUGAGAGAUCAGUGGAUAGUGAUUUCUUGCUUAUCAUCUUACGCCGUGUGUUGAAGAAGCGCAAGGAUCUCAAGGUGGUGUUGAUGAGUGCUACGAUCAAUCAAAAGCUCUUUGCAGAUUAUUUCGGAGGCGCACCCACCAUUGAAAUCCCGGGCUUCACGCAUCCAGUGCAAGAUUUCUAUUUGGAGGACAUUAUCCAGAUGACGUCGUAUGUGUCUCGUUUGCCUAUGCCAAAGCAGCGUGAUGAAGAUAAAGAAGACAAGACACAACAAUGGGCCAAAUGGCAAUCCAUCUUGCUGGAUCAAGGCUACAAUGAACCCACCGUAUUAACAUUGGCACGUUAUCGUAACCAGGACAAGAUCGACUAUGAUUUGGUGGCCCAUGUUAUUAAGCAUAUUACUGAGAACGGGGAGACUCGGAUCGAUAAUGGUGCCCAACCUGCAAUUCUUGUUUUUAUGCCUGGUGCAAUGGAGAUUCGACGAUGCGUUGAGACUCUGCAAACGGUGCUGUCGCGUGAUGCAGGCAACCAAUACGAGAUCUUGCCACUGCAUGCCAACCUAUCACCACAAGAACAAACCAGAGUGUUCAAAAAGGUGUCACCUGAUGUUUUCAAGAUUGUUGUGGCGACCAAUGUAGCUGAGACGUCUAUUACCAUUGAUGGCAUCGUCUAUGUGGUGGAUGCAGGUCGUGUCAAGGAAACACAGUAUGAUGCAAGCAACAGUAUGAUGCGUUUGGUGGAAACAUGGGCGUCCAAAGCAUCUUGUAAACAACGUCGAGGUCGUGCAGGUCGUACGAGACCUGGGCAAUGCUACAAGCUGUUUAUGCGUGAUACCGAGAACAACAAAAUGCGUGCCCAACAAGUACCAGAAUUACUACGCACGCCACUUGAGCAACUAUGCCUGCAAGUGAAAUCCAUGGGCGAAUCCAAUGUGAAGACCUUUUUGCAAGAUGCACUAGACCCACCCUCUAUUCAAGCACUCGAUAGUGCUGUACGUACGUUACGUGCUGUGGAUGCGAUUGAUGAUAGCAAACGCGGAGAUCUCACACCCCUUGGCAAGCACAUGGCAUCCAUUCCAGCCGAUCUCCGUAUCAGCAAGAUGUUAUUACUUGGAUCGAUUUUCGGUUGUCUAGACCCAGUUCUCACCAUUGCCGCAACCAUGUCCCUAAAAAGCCCCUUUACAUCCCCUAUGGAACGCCGUGAAGAAGCUCGACAAUGCCGCGAACGAUUCGCUCAUGGUCGUAGUGAUUGGAUUACUGAUAUGAGAGCCUUUGAUGCAUGGUGGCAAAUAUUGAAGCAACAAGGUGUACGACAAGCAAGACGCUUUUGCGAAGAGAACUUUUUAUCAUUUGCAACUUUGAGCGAGGUGGCCAAUUUAAGACGUCAAUACCGUGAAGCACUUGAAGAGAUUGGAUUUUAUUCAAAGAUGAAGAAGAAGACUACUACCCCUAAGGAGGUUGAGGAGAACGAGGAGGAGGAGGAUGAAUACAACGCCCACAGUAGCAAUGUGAAUCUUGUCAAGAGCGUUAUAUUUGCGGGGUUGAAUCCCAACGUGGCCAAGAUCCGGUUGCCAGAUGCAAAGUAUGACAAGGUGCUGAGCGGCACAGUGGAACGAGAGAAGGAAGCAAGAGAAAUCAAGUUUUAUACAAAGCAAGAUGGCCGUGUGUUUUUGCAUCCCACAUCAAUAUUGUUCUCCAACAAUCAAUAUGAGCCGUCAUCCUUCUUGACCUACUUUUCUCGCAUGGAAACGUCAAAGGUGUUUAUUCGGGAUGCGACUACGGUGGGACCUUAUGGUAUCCUAUUCUUUGCUGGCAGAGUGGAUAUCGAUCAUCUCGGCCGUGGUCUCAAAGUGGGCGAGGAAGGGUGGAUAAAAUUCCGUGCAUGGGCUCGUAUCGGUGUCCUUGUCAAUCAACUCAAACGGCUUCUUCAUGCUGAACUUGACCACAAGAUCCAAAACCCCAGUGCACAAGUAUCUGCAAGUAGGGUAGUGCAGGCCAUGAUCGCUCUGAUAACCAAUAACGGCGUGUAA